GCAACAACGUACGCACUCUUCUGUAUUUCCCUCUCUUGUCUGCUGUGCCUUUUGUGCCUUUCACCUUUCCUUUUUUCUGUUUCUUUCUCCAGCCCCUUCUGCUGUAUGCCCCAACGACCUUCGGUCUCGCCAGACGGAUUGACUGUACACCACAAACUGUAUAGUUGUUGUGUUUCCUUACUGCUCCCUAACACAGACAUUCCCUCCCUCCCUUCUUUAAAGAAAUACUAAACCAAGCCACUGAUCUUUUCAAACAUACAAACGGCUCUUUUGCAUAUUCAGCUGUUGCCCGCACCGGCGCCACCAACCACGCCUACCUCUACGAGGGCUACUACCAACUAGGAGUGGCACUCGUCUUCUUUUUUUCUUCUUCUUGGCACACCUGGUGCGGCCUCCUCCCCCUUUCCAAGACGAGCAGUACUUCCCGCUGCCUCGCAAGGAAAGAAAACAACAUGUGGAGACGCACCCCCGUCUUGCGCUUCGUGACGACCACCGCCGCCCUCUACGCCCCACCCUCGUCUUCCUCUUCCUCCGCGUCGUCCACGAACAGCAAGCCCGCCAACCGUGCCUGGUCGGUGCCGCCCAGCAUUCUGAAGUGGUACCCGCGGCAGGCCGGCGAGUUCUUGGCGAACUGCCUCACCGGGCACAGCGCUUUCAUUCACGACAUCCCGAAUCGGUUCGACAGGGCCCACGCGCGGCACUUCUCCUUCGUCGAGGCGCUCACCAUCACCCCACUCUACACGCUAACGAUGGUGCAUUACUUUUCUCUCUUCUGCCAGUACCCGACCCGCGUCGAGGUGCUGAAGCCGAUGCUGGAGGAGCUGGGGCAGAAGAGUGAUCUUCAGUACCGGUGGCUGUGCGUGUUGCAGGACACAAACCCUGUCAGCUCCAUUGCCUGGCGUUGUGCACUGCUCACAUCGCAGCUACUCCUCUUUCCUGCGUGGCUCCUGCUAUCCUCCGCGGCGCCACAGCUCGUCCACGCCACCGUGAGCUACUCGUGUCGCAUACUGCAUACCAAGUACAGCUGCAUCAGCACGGCAGGAAACCGCGCGGCUGUGCCGGCCUUUGUGGCGAAGGCUGCGGACUUGUAUGCGGAGCGGGAAACAUUCCACGAGGCGCAGGCCAUGGCGCUGCCCACGGACUUCGGCGUGGCGAUUAUUAUGCUGUUUCUCAUCAUCUUUCUGACCUCGUAG